AUGUCCACCCCACCAAAAUACAGCCUCGCUGCCCCCGCCAAGCGCCCAGAGAUCCUCGCCCUCGCGCAGGACCUCAACGGCACUCCAUCGGGGGAGGAGUACGACCCAACCGUCCCCGCCCUCCUGGAAGCCCGCCAUCUCGCCCGCGGCCUCGCCGCUGCCUACAACAACCUCGAAACCACCACUGUCCCCUUUGAUAAGAUUGGAGAAGUGAGACUAGAGCUGCUACGCAAGUUAGUCGGCAAAUUAGGGGACAAGACGUUCGUCGAGCCGCCCUUCCGGCCGGAUUACGGGUGCAAUAUCUCCUUCGGGAGGGAGGUUUUUGUGAAUUUUGGGUAA